GUCCCCCAUCCUGACAGCUGCAUACUACUACGAGUACAGCGCCGUCUUUGACUGAAUCGCAAAACCCCCCCCUGUAUCAGCCCGCUAUUGACAGGCGCACAGCACCGCUCGGAGCAUUUCUGUUGGUGCGAAGCAGGACCUUGGCCGCGCCGGUGUCGUCAUCGUGUCAACUCCAGAUCCACUUGGCAGCGAGUGAGACUUGCUCUGGCUACGAUAAACGCUCUGCUCAUCAAAAACCUGAUCGCCUUUCAAAUACUCCUUGCUUCUCUCCUUUUUCUGCCAUCAUGACCUGGGAGCUCAACCGACGACGGUUCAUCCGCGCCGUCAACAGCAAGUACAUCUAUGGCCGUUUGCCUCUCCUUCACACAAUCGUCCUUCUCAUCGAAAUGGCGCUCCUUGCCCGGCUGACGGCGCGGUUCAAUGCGCACUACAACGAACGACCUCUCAUGACCAUGAUGGUCACAAACUCCAUCCUCGGUGGCAUCGCUGAUACCGUGGCGCAAACCAUCACCGCCGUACGAGAGCGAGCCGUUAGAAAGCCCGGCGGCGUCACCAAGGACGAUAGCUUCGCCAUUGAGAUCCACGAACUUGACGAAAAGAAUCCGUUCCUCGACCGCGACCUCAUUCCCGACUCCAAGAGCCUGCCCCCGCCCUUCGACUUUGAGCGACUCACGAGGUUCAUGGCGUACGGUUUCUGCAUGGCCCCAGUGCAGUUUCGAUGGUUCAAGCUUCUCGAGAGGAUGUUUCCCAUCACCAAAGGGAGCGCGUUUGUGCCUGCCAUGAAGCGGGUUGCCUGCGAUCAGCUCAUCUUUGCGCCCUUUGGUGUGGGCGUCUUCUUCACGGCCAUGACCAUUGCCGAGGGAGGCGGCCGCCGUGCGGUUGCCCACAAGCUGCGAGACAUGUACAUUCCCACGCUCAAGGCCAACUACGUCGUAUGGCCCGCGGUGCAGGUCAUCAACUUUCGCUUGAUGCCGGUGCAAUUCCAGCUGCCGUUCGUUUCGACUGUCGGUAUUGCGUGGACAGCCUACCUCUCCCUCACCAACGCAUCCGAUUGA